AUGGUUUGGCUUCAAAAUCCGUCGGAACUAUUUGGGGGUGGUCUUAUAGCGAGUGAUCUUAUAGCGGGUGAUCUUAUCGCGGGUGAUCUUCUAACGGGUGAUUUUAUCGGGAGUGAUCUUAUCGCUGGUGAUCUUCUCGUGGGUGAUCUUAUAGGGGGUGGUUUUAUAGAGGGUGAUCUUAUAGCGGGGGAUCUUAUCGUGGAUGAUCUUAUUACGGGUCCUCUUAUAGCGGGUGAUCCCAUUGAGGGUGAUCUUAUCGCGGGUGAUCUUAUCGUGGGUGAUCUUACCGUUGGUGACCUUAUCUUGGGCGAUCUUAUCCUGAGUGAUCUUAUCGCGGGUGAUCUUAUCGCGGGUGAUCCUAUCACGGGUGAUCGUAUCCUAGGCGAUCUUAUCCUAGGCGAUCUUAUCGCGGGUGAUGGUGAUCCUAUCGCGGGUGAUCCUAUCACGGGUGAUCUUUUCCCGGGAGAUCUUAUCCUGGGUGAUCUUAUCGCGGGUGAUCCAGUCGCGGGUGAUCCUAUCGUGCGUGAUAUUAUCCUGGGCGAUCUUAUCUUGGGUAAUAUUGUCGCGGGUGAUCUUAUCGCAGGUGAUCUUAUCGCGAGCGGUCUUAUCUUGGGUGAUCCUAUCGUGGACGAUCUUAUCAUGGGUGAUCUGAUCGCAGGUGAUCUUAUCAGGGACGAUCUUAUCGCGGGUGAUCUUUUCGUAGGUGCUCUUAUCGCGGGUAAUUUAAUCGCGGGUGAUCUUAUCGUGGGGGAUAUUAUCGCGGGUGAUCAUAUGGUGUGA